AUGAGCUCUAAAAAAAUCGUGUGCAGUUUGUUGCUGUGCGUCGUCAGCUUCGCGUGCCUCAGUGCUGCCAACAAUCUGGCGGGCUAUGUCGGCUAUAACAAGUACACUGUACAAUAUGACAAUGAGGAUGCCUUCAAAUACAUGGUGGAUCUGCAGACAAAUGAUGCAGGACUGGACUUUUGGCUUCUGACGCGCAACAUGUCCGUGUUGACGGUCGGUCCCAAGAUGCAGGCAGUGUUUGAAUCGCGAUUAAGUGACUUGGACGUCACCUAUCAAACACAGCCACUAAUGGAGCUGAUGCAGGCUCUGCACUCCAACAGCACCUUCGACGAGGAGGACACUGGUGAGGACGUGGAGGAAUGUCAGACAUCGGAUUGCGAAUAUUCGAGACCGCGUCGACGAACGCGACGACAAGCGCGCGGAUUUUUCUCGCGUUACCCGCGCUAUCACGAGAUUCUCAACUUUAUGAGUGGAUUGGCUGCACGUUAUCCACAAUACUGUCGGUACGAGUCUCUGGGUCGCUCCAACGAGGGUCGUCACAUCGCAGCUCUAUCCAUAACACUGAAUAGCCGUGUACGUCCACGUCGCGUUGCAUACAUUCAGGCAGCGGCCCAUGGACGCGAAUGGAUCACCACACAGACUGUUCUCUACUUAGCCUACGAGCUUCUUACCAAUAUUCGUGCGUUCCAGCGAGUGCUGUACGAUGUGGAGGUGUUUCUGGUGCCGCUGGUCAAUCCUGAUGGAUAUGAGUACACACACACAACAGAUCGCUUCUGGCGCAAGAACCGUCAUCGCUAUGCAGGUCAUGGCUGCAGCGGCGUGGACAUUAAUCGCAACUUUGGCAAUCAUUGGAACUUCCAGGGUGCCAGUCAAAAUCUGUGUUCCGAAGUCUACUCCGGCACCGCGCCCAACUCUGAGCCGGAAACAUCGGCUGUUGUGCGCUAUUUGGAAUUCAAUCGUCAUCGUGUGAAACUCAGCCUGGAUGUGCACUCAUUCGGCAAAUUCAUUUUUUAUCCCUACGGCUACGCGAAAAACACUGUGCCGCCCACCGUCGGCACUCUGCGCUCGGUGGCCUUACGCGCCGCCAACCAAAUCGGCAAAUAUCGCGGAACCCGCUACACCAUUGGCACCUCCGCCUCCAUUUUGUACGAGGCCUCUGGCAGCUUGGAUGACUUUGCCUACGGCAGUCUGGGCAUACCCUUGUCCUACACGCUUGAGCUGCCCGGUGAGGAGUUCCAUGUGGCUUCGUUUGACAUAAUUAACGUCUGCAAGGAGACAUUUGCCGGCUUCAUCGAGUUCAUAAGGCACGUUAGUCUGUAUUAG